CACCUAAUUACUAAAGGUAAUAGUUGGUGGCGUGGAUAGUAGAGGAACUAUCCCGCUGGCCUAGCUCCUCCCCCUUGCGUCGUAACUCCUCCCCCUUACGGAAAAGGUCCCUUAGCCCACUUGAUUCUAGCAUCUACCGUACUUUCUACCCUCCUGGCAGUGGGCUGUAAGCGACUUUGUGGAUCCCCUGGCGAUGUCAUUUUGACACACUGGUGUUCAGGACAUCGGCGUCUUCUGUAACCCCGGUUACCGCGGGUCCUCCUAGCGUGCCGCCCUUAUAUUGGUAAACCCUCAACUGUCUCUGAAAGUCCCUUCAUUUCCGGUACAGCUGCGUCUCUAUUGUGAGAGGAGCAGGAAGCUGCAGUGAGUUUGAAUUAAACCAGGCGCGCUGCUAGUGAGCGUGAGCGUCCCGCACUGCAGAUGGAUACAUUAGAACAGCUUCUACCAGAAGAUGAGGAAAAUCUUUUUUCCUGCAGUAUGACAGAGCUUGAGAAAAUUGUUCAGGUUUUCUCUGAUCAAGUCCAGGCCCACAGGGAGCAGCUAAACAAGACAAAGGCUGAACUGCAUGACCUGGAGACAGAGACCACUGAAAGACACUUAAGUAGAGAAUUACAUGUCUCCCUGAUUCCUCAAGCGUUGGAUCUGCAGGAAGCAUUAGAGGAAGAGGCAGAGACCCAACAACAACUCCAGGCGGUGACUGUUGAAAUGGAAAGACUGACAGAAACGCCACCCACAAAUUGCAGUGAAGCCCUGGAAACACGAUUGAAGCAGGUAGAGGAUCUCACUGCCACUUACAGUAACAUGGAAAAAGAUCUCUUGGAGGAAACUGAAAAUCUGAAAAUAUUUCUACAGCAAUCGCAUGCCGGGUUGGCACAGGUGACGUCCGAUCAUCAGAGAGUGGAAGAGGAGCUGCUUACUCUGCAGAACAGGCACCUUGCCCAAAAAUGCCCAUUACACAGUGAGGCCAAGCUCCUGCUUGAUACCUGCAUUAAGGAAAUAGAGUCACUGAAUGCUUUACCAGAGGAGAAACGUCGCAAGAAGUGAGGUCUGCCCCUCCGAUCCCACUGCAAAUGGGUUUUCUCUGGAAGUUUCCCCAAGUUUUUCAUGAUUUAAUAAAUGAAGAUACAGACUGGAUGGACCAAGUGGUCUUAUCGCCAUCAAAUUCUAUGUAAUAAAAUGUUCUCAUUAGGGGCUCUAUUUGGUCAUUUGAUAACACAACGUUGGUAUAUACUCUACAUACCAUUUUGCAUGUAUAAUUGUUUGGAAGGGUUUGCUCAUCAAUGUGUCUGCCUGACUUGUCUCUAGCUAGGUUGGCCCGUCACAACACUCUCCAGGACACGGCACUGUCAGGAAUUUGCAUGCAUCCUUGUUGUUCCUGAGGACACCACAACUACCCAAUCAGUCUUGUCAGCAUUUGUAUGCUAAAUACAACAAAUGGUGGGGAGGCUUAAGGAAGGGACCCAAAACAACCUGUUUUGUGUUUUGGAAAAACGGAGCAUUCUGGGCAAAAUACAUUUUUAAUAUUUAAAAUCGCCAUGUCAGGAAAUUUGAAAUUGAAAAUGACUGUGUACAUACGUCUGUUUUAGAUUUUUUGUUUUUUUUUGUUUUAUGUAUUAGUUAUUCAUUAGAAUUCAAUUUAAAAUGAGUAGAUACUUCAUUCUUUAUAAAAUGGUGUCUAAUAAAGGUGCACAUGUAAAGUUUUA